AAUCACAUAAACUGAAAAUCAAUUGCUUUAAAAACGUUGUCUAGCAAGUGAAAGAAAAUUUAGUUUCAUAUCUUAGCUUGUAAUUUGUAAACACACCUUCAAGAUUUGGUUAGACCGAAGCAACAGAAGAGUCUAGAAUUUGUUACAGAUAACACUAAAAAUAAUUAAUUAUGGUGCAUUAUACAAUACGACCCUUUCGGCCUGAUGACAUCCCUGGCAUCCUUAAAGUGGCUUUGCCCAGCACUUAUCAAUAUUCCAAGGAAAGUUUGGAAUCUUGGAUAAAACACGACCCUGAAGGCAUUUUAGUAGCAGAGUUAGAUUCAGGUAAAAUUAUUGGAUUAUGCGCUGCAGUUAUAAUUAACGAAGAAAUAGCUUUCGCAGGAGCAUUUUGUGUUUUGGAAGAUUACAGACACUUAGAUGUUGGAAAUAAACUCUACAUUCGGAAUUUCAAACAUGUGGGGGAUAGGAAUGUGGGUCUCAAUUGUUCAGCCGAUAAGAUAAUGAUUUACAAGAAUAGAGGAUUUAAUAUUUUCGAGGAAUCCUGGUCAAUACUGGAGUAUGAGUACCUUGGUCCUCUUAAUACCGGCGUAUUAUCAGACGUCCUUCCAGCAGGAAUUGAACUAAAAGCAUUUGAAGACUCAUACCUUGAAGCUAUAUAUGCAUAUGAUCGUAUGCUAGUAGGCUACGACAGAAGGGAAAUAGUGAAAGCAAACUGCAAGGAACCCAGCACAAAGACUUUGAUCGCUUUCAGAAGAGGCAUUUGUGUUGGCUACGGUUGCGUAAAGAUUAAUAUCUUUUACGCUGCUCGUGUGGGCCCACUGUAUUGCAACGAUCAGAAUGUCGGAGAAGUGAUGUUCAAGAGACUUCUCGAACAGAUGCCAAGCGCAAAGGGUUUGGCGAUGUCCACAAUGAGUCAAAAUCUGAUCGCGAAUGGGUGUGCGAAAAGAAUGGGGAUACCAAUACAUCAGAAUCUACUCAGGCUAUAUACUAAAGAAAAAAUGUUUGUGAAUACAAGUAAAAUAUUUGCACAUUUUGACGUGGAUUUUUCACCAUUUUAAUUAAUUAAAAUUAUUUUUUUAAAAAAAUUAUAGAUUUUUACUCGUUUUUAAUGUGAAUUUUCUCUUUUUUUACUAAUUGAUUUUUCAUUUGGUUAUUUUAUCUAAAGAGAAAAUGUAUGUAACACAGAUAAAAUGUUUGCUCAUUUUAAUGUGAAUUUCUCACCAUUUUAAUGGAAUAAAAUUGUGUGUUUUUAGAAAAAGAAAAUGUGUUUAAAAAUAAAAAGUUUACUCGUUUUUAAUGCGACUUUUCGCUUUUUUAAUAA